CAAUUGAGGAUCUGCUAUUCGCCAGUUCAAUCAAGUCGUCGCUGCCGUGUCAUGGCGUCGUCUUCUGGUCAUGGUCCAUCAAAGAAGCGCCGCACGUUGGCCGAUGCAGACGAGGACGUGCGACUGUACCAGUCCCGUCUCGCAGAAGCCACCAAGAAGAUGAUCGUGUUGGCGAGGGAGAAUGCGCGCAUGAAGGUGCUGUUGCAAAAGUACUUGGACAAGGACGACACGCUGUUGAGCACGUCGCAGAUGACGAUGGGCAGUCAGUUGUCGCAACCGUCUCAGUCGUCGACGACUGUGCUUCCGCCCGUACCCCCACCACCUCUCCACGCGAUCCACGAGUCCAACUCGGAGGACCAAACGUCGUCGUCGUCGUCGUACGCGGUGGGCGACGCGGUCGACAGUUUUGGGGGCAGCAACAGCCAAGACUGCUUCUCGUCUUCGCUGUCAUCGUCCAUGCACGACGAGUUUGUGUUUGACAGCCAACUGAGCCAACUCGACGACGUGGCCAACACAUCGCAUCUCGACGAGAUUUUGAGCUUCUUGGAUCGGCAGGAAGCGUUGGACCACGACAGACUGUUUACGAUGCAAAGUGAAGUGGCGACGUUGCGUGAAUCUGCGACCGUGCCGCGCGUGGGCGUGGGGGUGUUGCUGUACUCGGCGGCGCAUCCUUCGUGUGUCCUCAUCGGCGUGCGGAAGGCGUCCCAUGGCGCCGGCAAAGUGCAACUUCCAGGUGGCCAUUUGGAGUUUGGGGAAAGCUGGGAAGAGUGUGCAGUUCGGGAAGUCAAAGAGGAGACGGACUUGGACAUUGGGGACGUGACAUUUGCCCACUCGACCAACGACAUCAUGCCCGACGAUGACAAGCAUUACAUCACGAUCUUCAUGCAAGCCACGGUGCGCGACGGCCAAGUCCCCGUGCGCAUGGAGCCAGACAAGAUGGGAGUGGCAGCCAUGGGAACACUUGAAGUCGCCGGCGUUCCAAGCUAGACUGUUCAUGCCCCUGCGCCACUUGACGCUCAGUGGAUUCACGCCGCACACUGUUGAACCCUAGUAGUCGUAAUACUACGAUACAUGUGCAACUUUUGAUAUAUGAUCAGGGUAUGGGAAAAGCUAAUUGUAAUUAAAAUACUGGACAAUUAAAAGCGGUC